AUGGACGGAGUAAAAUGUUUUUCCUGUGGAAAAGAAGGACAUAUAAAGAAGGAAUGCCCAGAAAUAAAGGCCAAAAAGCUUGCCAAGAUAAAAUGCUUUAAUUGUGGACGACAUGGCCAUCUUGCCAGGGAAUGUGAACAGGAAAGUCCAGCCUUGUCUUUUGGCUCAUCUUCUUCAUCAGUGGGUGCUAUGGCUUUGCCAACUGUGAACGGUGUUUCAUAUUUUGACACAAAUGUAGGACAAGCACCUGUAUCUACUGUGAAGUACAUUGACUCCCAUUGUCAUUUGAACUACGUUUUUGAUAAGAAUCACCAUCAUGAAGAUUUUAAUAGUUUUAAAAACAAAUUCAAUUUUCCAGAAAAUUUUAGUGGAUGUAUCACAAGUUUCUGUGACCCAGCCUCAUUUUCAAGUUUUGGCAUUUGUGAUGAGCUGAUCGAACAUGACCAAGUUUGGGCAGCGUUUGGCUUCCAUCCGCACAACGCCAAGUAUUAUAACGACUUUUUGGAGUAUAAACUUUGCGAACGACUCCAGCAUCCGAAAGCGAUCGCAUUAGGAGAAAUUGGCCUUGACUACUCUGUUCGAAGUCAGUCUGAAGUCGAUGUUCAGAAAGAAGUAUUUCGUCGGCAGGUUAGGCAGGCGGAAGUUUGGAACAAGCCCUUGGUUAUCCAUUGCCGUGAAGCCGAGAAUGACGUUUUUGACAUUCUCUCGUUUUUGACAUUCUGA